GCGCGUGGCAAGACAACCGACAGCCGACACAGUCUCACUGCCAAAGUCCACACACACACAGAGUCAUAGUCAGGAGUCAGGAGUAGUAGUCAAAGCAACUCCCUAGCGACGCCAGCAAGUUGAGAAAUAUCGAACUAUUUGCCACAUCGUUCCAACGCUUCGUAUUACCUUACAUAACGUCACUGUGACCCAUCGUCCGGCCGCACUCUCUAUACGGCUCAUCUGCUGUUCCACCCACCCCACAUGAAGUUGCGUUCAAUUGCAUUCGUCGCGCCAUCAUUCAACAACGCAGCAACGGAAGUGGCAAUAAGAAGUUGUCAAUAUUGAGUGAUUAUCUGUGCGAUUGCAAAACUCGUUGCCGCACUGAUUCACCACCAUUAACUAGCGAGCUUGGUGUGUGGCUGAGCGUAUGCUGGAUGUCGGUGUGCUGCUGCUGCUGUAGUAACUGGUUGCCGCUAUUGCCGUGCAUUUGGUGUCGGUUGCCAAUGGGAAAACACCAAUCGACAUACAAAUUUCACAUAAACUUCGAUUGCACUCAUACCAUCAUCCCCACGUUGAAUUGUGUUGCUUGUGUUGGUGCAUAGGAAAUGUGGAAAUCGUUUAGUUCUCAUCACUGCCAGUUAAGUGUUGUUAUUGUUUUUGUUACGAGCACUGCCGUUGCGUAUUUAGUUGCGCUAUUGCUUUAUAUGCCCAACCUGAUAGAGUUUCUAAUGAAAAGUUGCAAAAAGGAAGCCACUUCAGAUUGAACUCCUUGCGGAAGUAUGCGAAAGCUGCAUAAUUUCCUGAGUUAGCGAAGUGUGUUUAUCGCAUUGCAGGGCUUACUUUGGUAUUAUGUGGAACUACCAUCGUUUAUAUUACUACAAUUAUAGGAAAAUGGUGGAAAAGUUUGUUUCAAUUGUUAAUGGUUUGAGAGAGAGGUUAAACGUGAUAACAGAAAGUCCAUAGCAGACAAUUAUUUCACGCUCUAGUUAAGUGGAGGAUAUACGUCUUGAGACUAUCCUGCAGUGUAGCCCGAACAGAUGGUAGUCUGCUACGGAACUCUCCGUCCUUCAUAGCAUAAGAUCUAUCAUCACCAGUAAAUUAUCCAAUAGUCAUCAAAGCGAAAACAAUUGGAUUUUAAACUCCAGAUCCAAUGACAACAAUGCUAAUACUCAACUCUAACAUAUCUUUGUGAUAUGAUAAUAAUCGGAAAUCGAAAUCGAAAUUAAAAUUUAACAACGCGCUGUCAUUGAAAUAUGAUUUCAGCAGGGGACUCUGAGCUACAUAUAUUUCCAAUCGUUCCUUAAAGCUAGAGAAAUCUUAUGGAACAACAAAUUUUGCAAUAUGGGCCAACCUCUCCGUAAUACUGAAGAUCCUCAUUCAAGAUGUUUCAUUAAUAUUUGCUCUCUUUUUUGGUAGUAUAUGCUCUAGAUGGCAUACUAUCAUUAAUCGUUAUGGGGAUCUCCAUACAAAUAGCUUACUUUAUAAGGAAAAUAACGUUAAAGUUGACAGUUGUCUUUAUAAAAUUAAUUCCUUCAGGUGAUAAAAAUAUAUAUAAGAGAUAUAUACAGUGGUGCUCCAAUAUAACGAACACCUAUAUAACGAAUGUUCAAUAUAACGAACACUGUUUUUCAAUACAUUGAUGAUUCUAUAUAACGAAAGCUGGAAAUUGGAUGAACUCGAUAUUACGAAUGUAUUACGUUUGUAUUUGGUUUUGGUUGUAUUACAACAAAAAACAAUGCAUGCAGUUAAAUAACCGUCGGUUCGUCGGACGUUGUUAUUAUUGAGCUAUUUUUUUAAAGAAUUCUAUUUAUUUUUUUAUAGUUCAGGUUUGUAUAUUACAAUAAUUUUCACUUCUAUACUCCUUAAUAAUACAUUUAAUUAUAGGUUGAAGAUUUUCUUCUAAGUCGAAAUUUACCAAAGCGAGCAAUAUUACUCCUGGAUAACGCUCCAGAUGGAAAAAUUUGGACAGUGUUUAUGCCACCGAUAGUAACGGCUCUAAUUCAACCAAGGACCAGAACGCGAUUCGCCUCACCAAAUUAUUUUACCGAAAUUCUUUACUGAGCAGUGUAGUGCAAAAAGAAAAUAUAAACACAGCGUUAAAGGACCUCACCCUUUUCAAUGCAGUUUAACUUAUUGCUGCAGCUUGGGAAAAAGUUUCAGGGGUUGUUCUUCACAAGUGUUGGAAAAACAUUUUAAUUAAUAAAACCACACCUGACGAUGAAGAUGAUGAGGACAAUAUACCUCUAGCAGAUUUGCGAUUCAGAGAAGACCUUUCUGUUAUGGAUAGCACACUUUCUCUUAUUCAUACAAUGUUUCCCCAGACAAACUUCAACACAGAUGAUUUGGAAGCAUGGAACAGUGUAGACAAUGUACUUGUAGAAGAGAACCCGAGCCCUGAAAAUGAACUAGCUAUAGAAAUUUCGGAAGAGGAGGAAGGUGAUACCGCUGCAGUUGUAGCUGUGCCGCCAAUAAAGCAUACUGAUGCCAUCGACUGCUUUGAGAAGUGUAUCAAAUGGUCCGAAGAAAACAACGUGGAACAGGAAAAAAUAUUUUUUAUUGAAAAGCCUACAUCAAAAGGCACAGGAUCUCAAAAUUUCUCGCCCACAAAAGCAAAUGAACAUAACAAAUAUCUUUUCAGUUGAAUAAUGCUCAUAUUUUUGUUAUAAAAUUCAACUUUUAUUAAUUUUAUUGUAUGCAUUUUCCAUUGUAUACAUAUUUAUUUUAACCAAUGCUUAUGAAUUCAUGAAUAAAUAUAUAUUUUUAAACAUAUAUGUACCAAUAUUAAUUUAGUUUUCGUUUCCGAUAUAACGAAUA